UUUUGUUUGUAACUUGACAAUCAAUGUGAAAUGCCAUUUUUGACAUGUAAUAAUCAGCUUUUCAGUCAUCACUCAUCAGUAUUCUAUGGGCGAAUUAGAAUUUUAUUUAAUUAGCGCAAAUUUUAUAAAUAAAUCUAAUAGCAACAGUUAUCUAGGUACUAAGAUACAGGUUAUUGAAAAUGGCUAGACAGCCAACUUCAAAGCCGGGGUUUGUGAUUAAACUUUCCACUGAAACUGUGCAGAAAUUAGCCGAAGAAGAUCAACAGGCGAAGGCAGCAGCCACUGUAAUUACACCUGAGGAAGUUGUUCCUAUUUCAGAAGAGAAAGAUACCAAUGACCUUGACAAUGAAUGUAAAAGCAAAACAGACGAUUUGGAGGUUAUGAACCAUGAUAAUAUAGAAGAUCCUGCAAACGAUGAAAGUGAUAAUAAAGUGAAACCAAUCGACUCAGAAAGCCCGUCAAAUGUAAGUAAUGACGUUAAAACCACAUCACAGUCUAACCUUAUUGUAAAAAAUUCCGAAAAAAAUAGUACAUCUAAUGAGAAAUCUGCACAAUCUGAUGCAAACGGUUCUUGGGGUGAUUACGCUCCAUACAUCACCUAUGAAGGUGAAGAAGCAAUCUAUACGGACCCUACUAGCCAACAAAAAUACACAUGGAGCAAAACCAGUAACACAUGGGAGGCAAAGGCUGAUGAUGUACCUGGUAGGGUAUACAGCUAUGAAGAUGACACACAUAUCUAUACAGAAGCAGACGGAUCUAAAUACUUUUGGGAUGUUGAUAAGAAAGCUUGGAUACCAAAAGUUGAUGAUGACUUUCUAGCAUACUAUCAAAUGUCUUAUGGUUUUGUUGAUAAUAAAACUGAAGAAAAAAAAGAUGAACCUGAGAAGAAAGAGGUUCAGAAAAAACAUGAAGGUAUUACAAUGAAAAGGAAAAGUGAACCACAAUGGUUUCAACCAGCUGAAGAAACCAACACAAAAGUUUAUGUGUCUAAUUUACCGCUGGAUAUAAAUGAAGAGGAAUUUGUAAAUUUCAUGCAAAAGUGUGGUCUUGUUGAACGGGAUCCUAGUACACAGAAAAUGAAAGUAAAAUUGUAUAUGGAUAAAGAACACAAUUGUUUCAAAGGAGAUGCAUUAUGUACUUACAUCAAAAUUGAAUCUGUUGACUUAGCUUUGAAAUUGUUAGAUGGUUGUGAGUUUAAAGGACAUAAAGUAAAAGUGGAACGAGCACAUUUCCAACUGAAAGGAGAAUACAACCCAGCAUUAAAACCUAAAAAGAAGAAAAAGAAAGAAUUGGAAAAGAUAAAAAAGAUGAAAGACAAACUUUUUGAUUGGAGACCAGAGAAGUUUAUUGGUGAACGGUCAAAGCAUGAGAAAGUUGUAAUCAUUAAGAAUUUGUUCCAUCCAACCGACUUUGACAAGGAAGUACAAUUAAUUUUAGAUUACCAACAGGAUUUGCGAGAGGAAUGUGGCAAGUGUGGCGAAGUACGUAAAGUUAUAAUUUAUGAUAGGCAUCCUGAAGGUGUGGCACAGGUAACCAUGAAGGAGCCUGAACAAGCUGAUGAAGUAGUCAAAUUAAUCAAUGGAAGGUGGUUUGGCAAACGUCAAAUUACAGCUGAAAUAUGGGAUGGAAGGACAAAGUACAAGAUAGCUGAAACUGAUGCUGACAUUAAUCAGAGGAUAAAUAAAUGGGAGAAAUUUCUCGAAGACAAGGAGGAUAAUAAACAGGAGAAAAAGGAUGUGACAGAGGUCAAACAGGGUGUAGAGGAUACUGAACACCAGAAACAUCCUAAAGAAGAAAUGAAAUGUGAUGAAGCUAUAGACAAAGCAGAUUAAAUAUAAAUUUAGAGUAUCAAUAUACUUUUAAGUUUUAAUUAAUAAAUCAAAAUGUCAAUAAA